UUCUCUCUCUCUCCUCCCGACAACAUCACCCCUCUCUCUCUCUCUGAGCUCUGCCGAGCUGUCCUCCAGAGCGCCACCACCGGCGGCGCCACCACCAAUGGCAAGGGCUCACCACCACCGCCACCGCCACCUUCUCGUGGCCGUCUUCCUCCUACUGCAUUUCUCGUCUCUGGCGUCCGCCAAGCCUCCGCAGCAGGAAAAGCAGCGUCCUCUGCCGGCAUUCCACGAGGCCCCCGAGUUCAGAAACGGGGAAGGCUGCGACCGCAAUGAUACCAUUCACGUCGCCAUGACUCUCGACGCCGCCUACCUCCGCGGUUCGGUGGCGGGCAUUCUCUCCGUCCUCCGCCACGCGGCCUGCCCAGAGAACGUCGUCUUCCACCUCUUGGCGGGGCCGAGUCGCCGGGCCGACCUCCACCGCGCCGUGCUCUCCACAUUCCCUUACCUCAGCCUUCACCUCCACACCUUUGAUCCCGACCUCGUCCGGCCCAUGAUCUCCUUCUCUGUCCGGCGUGCCUUGGACCAGCCCCUCAACUAUGCCCGCAUCUACCUCGCCGACCUCCUCCCUCGCUCUGUCACUCGCGUCAUUUACCUGGACUCUGAUCUCAUUCUAGUUGACGACAUAGCCAAACUGUGGUCGAUUCCCCUCUCCCCGUUCAUCCUUGGGGCCCCAGAAUAUUGUCAUGCCAAUUUUACCAAGUAUUUCACCCCUCGCUUCUGGUCCAAUCCUGCUUUCCGGCGAACUUUCGCCGGUCGCAGGACGCCCUGCUACUUCAAUACCGGCGUCAUGGUCAUCGACGUGGAAGGGUGGCGUUCGCAGGGCAUCACCCACCAGCUCGAGGCCUGGAUGCGAGUCCAGAAGCGCACGCGGAUCUACGAGCUCGGCUCUCUCCCGCCCUUUCUCCUCGUCUUCGCCGGAAAUGUCAAGGCCGUCGAGCACAAGUGGAACCAGCACGGCCUCGGCGGAGAUAACCAGGAGGGGCGGUGCCGGGAUCUCCAUCCGGGAGCUGUAAGCUUGCUUCAUUGGAGUGGGAAGGGCAAGCCGUGGCUCCGGCUUGAUUCCGGCCGGCCGUGCCCCCUGGAUAGUCUCUGGGCACCUUACGACCUGUUCCGCUCGCCCCUCUUCCUCGACGACUUCAAUUAAUCCGCGAGCCCCUGAGUGUACAUACGCAUCAAUUCUUCGCUUGCAGAUGUCCCCUUUUUCUUCCUCUUCUUCUAUUUUCGGGUCCGGCAAGCGGGAUUAAUCUGGUUGGUGCUUGUUGGUCGUGACCAUGGGAGCAAGAUCGGAGAUUGCCAAGAUGGUAAAAUUGCAAUCCUUCGAAUUUGAUCAAAUCUCGAAUUGUGCCAUACCAUUGAUUUCUUUCUCUUGGUAAGUUCACCAGUAGUGUGCACAGGGAGCUCUGCAACUGCAAUUUUUCUUGUAAAAAAAUGGUGGCUGCAAUGUUGAUUAUCGUAGGGGAUAGAAGAUGAAGAUGAAAGUUAAAAUUUGUGAAUACUCUCAAGGGGAAUGGAGCCAUGGUGGUGAAGGGAGGCAUUGGGAGUUGAAUUUUUUCAUUUCUUUUUUGCGGUGAUCACUUCGGGAAAGUUGCUUGAUGAGGAAUCUUGAUUCUGAUUGCCUCAUUCAUCUUCUUUACCUUGUUUUGCGUUCCCCAUGUUGUUACAAUCUUGUAUUGUAUUCAAUUUCAUAUUCAAUAACUAAAAAACCAAGAAAUUGUUCA